UUCUACUGUUUUGGUGGAGCCGUUUACAGCGAUAACGAAGCAAAUAGGUUGGUUGCAGAAAGACAUUCACAUUCACUCACAGUGUCGGUCAACGGACACAAGUCCGUACGCGUCUCGUUCCUUCCUCACUCCGCUAAUAAGCCAUGCUUUAUUUCCUCUUCACAUCCUCAACAUCCGUACACUUACUCCGCGCCUAUUCAUAAUGCCUCGACCUCGACCUCUCAACCUUGAAGCUACGACCAUACAAAGAGAGCUGGAGCUAUCACAAACCUCACCAUGUUCGCCCUCGCAACAUGCUCUACGUCCUCAAUUUCCCGCUCGCAGUUCCUCUCUCCGCAAACCGCACGUGUUGCUGCUACCAAGAGCCAGUCCACGAGCGGGCAACGAGCAAAGGUUCAAACUCACCUUAACCUCCCUUCACCCCCAAAAGAAACCACCGGCUUUCAGGCCCUGACGUUGAAGAGAAAGCAGCCAGCUCACCAGACAAAUAGCCUAAAACUCACUCCACCGCCAAAAUCCCCACCACCAUCCGCUCCACAGCGCGUCUCAGACUCACACGCCCACAUACCCAUCCUCCUCGGCUCGCCCCGACAAAGCCCCCAGCUCGACGAAGAUGAAGAUGAAGAUGAUACAGAUCUCAACGAAGCACCUUCCAUCCUACCAACCCCGUCCGUCUCCAGAACAACCACACCUGCUCUCCAGCCCUCCAAGGUCGAACAAGAACACGCCCUUCCACCACUCCCCGCCUCAAGCUCUCCAAGCACUCCAAGUAUCAUAAUCCCCCGCCCGCAGCGCCCGACGCUCCUAUCCCACAGCGCCUCCGUCCGCACGACGCCGAACCGCCCGCGACUCAUACAACGCAGUGCCUCCGUUCGCUGCCCAGCGGUAUCGCACAGCCCGGCCCUCAGCCCAAGUAUCUCUACGCCCCGCUCACCCUUCAUACCGUCGUCCAUCGGCGUAGCAAGUCGGCCCUCGCAUCCGAUCCGCACGUCUUCUCUCCCGCCCCUCGACGGGGACGACGAGGCUUGGUCUUCGCCAGAAGUCCUCGUCUCCUCGCCACCACAAGGCCGGUCCAGCCCUGCAUCCUCGGCUGGUGAUGGUCGGAUAAAAGUCCGCUUUGACGCGACGCCCUUGGAUAUCGAAGACAUGAUUGCAGGGCUGCCGGACCUGGAGCGAGAGACGGGGCAGUUGCAUGGGGAGCUUUCUGGGAAAAGGGACGAUUUGGAUCUGGUAGAGAAAGAGUUGAAGGCGUUGAGGAUGGAGGGGGAGGACCUGUUGGGUUUGGUGGAAGGGUGGAUGGAGAGUGCGCGUAGUCGUUGACUGGGUUUGGAGAACAAGACGAGCGAUGACGACUUUUACAACACGAGAAAACACGAGAGCG